AUGGCAGAAGCUCCCGCAGAGAAGCAACCCAAGCAGGGUCUGAACAUUUACGGAAUUCCGGCCGUCAAUCCGUACAAACUCACCAUUGCAGCAGCAGAACUCGGUGUACCCUACAACUACAUCGCCCUAGAUGGUGCGACGGGUGAAUUCAAAUCCGAGUGGUUUACCGCCAUCAAUCCCAAUGGACGUCUUCCCGCCAUUGUUCAUGUCAAGGAGGACGGUCAAGUCGUCACUGUGUUUGAGAGCGGCGCCUGCCUUCAGUACAUGGUGAGCGAAUUCGACAAGGAGAACAAGCUUUCGUAUCCGGUCGGGACGCAGGAAUACUGGACACAGCUGUCUUGGCUCUCGUGGCAGAUCUCUGGGUACGGCCCGUCCAUGGGCCAAUCGAGCUUCUUUGCUCGAUAUUCUCCUCAGCCCGAGCCUUUUGGGCUGUGGCGCUAUCUCGCCGAGUCCAGAAGACUCAACCACGUCCUUAAUAAACAACUGUCCAAGAACACAUACGUGGCUGGAAGUCGCCUCACUAUAGCCGACAUCGCCGUCUACCUCUACGCGACCUCGUGCGCUUGGUGUGGGGUAGACAUUGAUGAAUUCCCACACGUCAAAGCCUGGCAUGACAAGCUCGCGCAACGACCAGCUUUCCAGGAAGGGAUGAGGGUCCCUGUGCCUUACCCAUUCACCCAGGAGUCUGUUUUCAGGCCUGAAACGCAAGAACAGAUCAAGAUGCAGCGAAAAUUUGGUUCCAAGUUCAUUCACUCUGCGUCAGAACAGUGGGCGGGCGAGGUCCUAGCUUUGCCAUCCGAUCACGCAAACCAUAGCUAA